UAUAAUAUAUUAACAUAUAAAAAAAGAUGACAACCCCAAUGCAGCCAAGUAAAUACACUGGCCUCGUGGCCGAUUUGAUGCCUAAUAUACGGGCCAUGAAAUACUCAGGUCUAUUUAUGCAUAAUUUUACUGGCGGCAGUGGCUUUAUGAAGAAGAUAUACUCGUCGGUGCAUUUGGUCUUUCUAUUUAUACAGUUUGCCUUUAUAUUGGUUAACAUGGCUCUUAAUGCAGAGGAGGUAAAUGAGUUAUCGGGAAAUACGAUAACCACUCUAUUUUUCACCCAUUGCAUUACAAAAUUCAUUUAUUUGGCCGUCAAUCAGAAGAACUUUUAUAGAACUUUAAAUAUCUGGAAUCAAGUAAACACUCACCCAUUAUUCGCUGAGUCCGACGCUCGCUAUCAUUCGAUUGCCUUGGCUAAAAUGCGUAAAUUAUUUUUUUUAGUCAUGCUUACUACAUUUGCAUCGGCCACUGCAUGGACUACUAUAACUUUUUUUGGUGACAGCGUUAAAAUGAUAGUUGACAAAGAGACCAAUUCAAGCAUUGCUGUUGAAAUUCCCCGCCUGCCCAUUAAAUCGUUUUACCCUUGGGAUGCCAGCAAGGGCAUGUUCUACACAAUAAGUUUUGCUUUUCAAAUUUAUUACGUUCUAUUUUCGAUGAUCCACUCUAAUUUGUGCGAUGUCAUGUUCUGCUCUUGGCUGAUUUUUGCCUGCGAGCAGUUGCAACAUCUUAAGGGUAUUAUGAAGCCGCUAAUGGAGCUUUCAGCUUCUCUAGAUACAUAUAGACCAAAUUCAGCCGCUCUUUUUAGGUCAUUAUCGGCAAAUUCAAAAUCAGAGCUUAUACGCAAUGAGGAGAAAGAUCCGGGUGCCGACAUGGACAUGACCGGUAUAUACAGCACGAAAGCAGAUUGGGGAGCCCAAUUUCGAGCACCCUCUACUCUGCAGUCCUUCAAUGGCGGCUCGAACGGUGGUGGCGGUAACGGGGUAAAUGGUGCUAAUCCCAAUGGCCUGACAAAAAAACAGGAGAUGAUGGUGCGCAGUGCCAUUAAAUAUUGGGUAGAGAGACAUAAGCACGUUGUACGCCUGGUGGCUGCAAUUGGGGAUACUUAUGGGGCUGCCUUGUUACUGCAUAUGCUGACCUCAACUAUCAAGCUGACACUGUUAGCCUACCAAGCCACCAAAAUCACUGGUGUAAAUGUUUACGCCUUUACGGUGAUUGGAUAUUUGGGAUAUGCGCUCGCCCAGGUGUUUCAUUUUUGUAUUUUUGGCAACCGUCUGAUUGAGGAGAGCUCAUCUGUUAUGGAGGCUGCCUACUCCUGCCACUGGUACGAUGGCUCCGAGGAGGCGAAAACUUUUGUUCAAAUUGUUUGCCAGCAAUGCCAGAAAGCUAUGAGCAUAUCGGGUGCAAAAUUCUUUACUGUCUCGUUGGAUUUGUUUGCUUCGGUCCUGGGCGCUGUGGUCACCUAUUUUAUGGUGCUUGUCCAGCUUAAGUGAGCAUUGAAAAGAAGUCAAUGUCAAACGCAAAUGCCAACAAACUCUGUGCUAACAACAACAACAAAAAAAGGGACAACAACGUCGAAUCAAAUGUUUUGGAGUACACAAAAGAUAAUUAUUAACUCACAUAUACAUAUAUCUAUUACCAUAUGUAUAUGUACAUAUGUAUGUGUAUAAAUUUAUUUUCUUUAUUCAUUUUUUACACACGCUACAUAUUACAUAGAGCUUUCAAUGUAAGCAUAAAUAAUGUAAGAAAUUUAUAUGCAAAUAAACGUGUAGUGAUUAACAA